GUUGUUGCAACUAACGAUGGAUAGGCCCUUUUGGAUUGCUAGGAUAGGUGGACGUAAACAAAACAAAAGUCGAAGAAGCCAGUUCGGAGAAAAUGUGCGCGAGUUGAAAGUGAAUUUCUCGCACUAAUUAAACAAUUUAAACGUACAAUCAGUACAUAUUCCCAAACGUGAAAGUUAAGCUAACUUGAUUAUCCUAAACUUGAAUUCGAUAUACUAGGUGGUGUUGAUAGUUGUUUUCCACAAACGAAUACUUAUUAUUAACCUCUUUUUUAUAGAAAUUUGCUAGCUUUGUGACCCCUACAAGCACUGUAAAAUCGUAGGGAAUUAGCGACUAUUGAAACCAGUAAGGCUAGAGGACUAUAAAGUGAUUAUAUUCCAUGAAAAAUCUUAACAAUGUCCGAACAGUUUCAGGUAGCACAUAACCUCCAUUACCACCUGCAUAAGAGCAAAAUCUCGCCGAGAGCAAUAAGGAAACUUACUGUAAGAUGUAAACAUUAUAACCUCAAAAUUGAUCUUAAAUAAAAUUUAUUUGCAGUUUGAGCCUCGCAAAAACGGGCUACAAAAGGUUUCUUCAAACUCAAAAGUAACAACGAUGAGCGCUCAGGAAGUCUCUAACUGCAGAGGGUGCACCCGCCCGGAUGAAGCGGAGGAUAUGGUUGCAUGCGAUGAGUGCAGUCAAUGGUGGCACUACGGCUGCGCCGGGGUUGCAGCUUCUGUGUGCAAUCGGUCAUGGCGCUGUGUCACUUGCGUUAAACAUUCUUCCUACGGAUCUGCAUUGCCAUCGGGAUCCGUAAACACAGCCGGUACCAGCGCGCGGCUUCGUUUGCAACAACUCACUGAAGCGAAAGCGUUGGAGGAUCGAUUGCGCAAAGAACAAGCUGACAAAGAACGGGAAUACUUGCAAAUGAAGCACCAACUAGAAGCGGAAUUAGAAGCUGAAGAGCGAAGUGCCAGUAGCUAUGCAAGCUCUGGCGGUUCAGGUUACGGUCACAGACGACGUGAGGACAUUCGCAAGUGGAUCGUACAGCAGCAAAACAUCCAAGCACCGGAUGUGAAGCAUGCAGUAGUGGCGUCUACCCCGAUUGACCCGGCGUCCUUACGAUUGGACCCCACGAAGGCAGUUCAAAUCCGAGGAGAUGAUCACAACCAGCAUAUACCUCCCACUGUAGCUGAACAUCAGGGUUAUCCUUGGCAGUACACACUAUUGGAAAACUUGCAGCGGCUUCCUACGCAGACGGGACCACCUGUAGGGUCCACUUCCGAAACACCCAUCAUUUACGCUAUGCAACUCAAUACUCGAAAACAACAAUCCACAAUGCCUCCGCUGGACUAUGGCCUGCCCAGUCGCAAUAUUCCAUAA